GUUGUGCCGCUUUUCCUGUGUUAUUAUCACUACGUUAUCAUGUAACCAGUUUGUAAACGGUGGCUCAAAUAUUUAAAAGCUUCGGCUGAAUCAUACUAAGGUUUAUCCCAUUCAUGUCUCCUUAGCUCUCUAAAGAGACGAAAUCCUAAUGGUGACAACAUGAAGUCCGCCAAGAAGAAAUCUUUGCUUAACAAAGCAAAGAGAGGCGAGAAACAAAGCGACGCCGUCACGGUUAAGACUGAAUAUGAAGCUCAGCUGGACGGUGAGGUGGAGGAGGACGUCAAGGAAGGUUACAUUAACGGAGACGGUCUCAACAUCCAAAUUAAAGAGGAGCCACACUCACAGGAGAUCAGUGAGGAGCACAGGGAAGGAGACGCAUCCAGUGGUUUUGACACUAAACCUGACACUGGGUCAUUAAAGCCAGAUAUUGACCAUCAAGAGGGACAUUUAAAGGAAGAGCCUGACUCAGACCCUCAGCCGGAAUUUGAGGUCACUGCAGGGUAUGAGGCGGCUGUCAAGGAGGAGUCAGACUCGUGGAUAAAAGAGGAGAGAGACUGUGAGGAGGAGGCGGCAGAAGAUGCAGCCAACAUCCAGGAAGGUAAUGGAGAGGAAGAGCAGGUCUGCACAGAGUCAUCGUCUGAGUUCUUUCCAUGUCCUCACUGCACUGUCUCCUUUACUGAUGUGGAAUUCCUGGAGAAGCAUGUCAAAUGGGUCCACCAGAAACAGUAUCUGGCUAAGCUGAAAAAAUGCCUCUCCAGCCGCAAUCUGAACCUCAUCCCUAAACACACCUGCACUGUCUGCAACAGCACCUUUAACUCUAAAGUACACCUUAGAGUCCAUGUACAAGAAGUGCAUCCUUCUGCUCCUCCUCGCAGGCUCCACCCCUGCCCAACCUGUGCACGCAGCUUCCAGUACCUGAAGAAUCUGAAGAAUCACUGUCAGCGCUGGCACAACAUGUCCGUGGUGACCAGAGGUGGACAUCUCAGCUGCGCUGACUGUGGGAAGAGUUUCAAAGCUACCUGGGGUCAAGGGCCUCAUUUGUGUCAUGAACCGGAUAACACUGAAUCUGAAGAUAAGCCAAUCUGUCUGGAUAUUGGUGUGCAGUGUCAAGAAUGCGGUAAAAAGGUGCGCACACCUCAAAGCCUGGAGGAUCACAUGCGUACCCACACAGGUGAUCGGCCAUUUGUCUGCAAGGAUUGUGGUCGUAGGUUCGUGGAGCGCAGUGGUUGGCGUCAACACAUGAAAAUACACACAGGGGAGAAGCCGUACAAAUGUGAAGUGUGUGGAAAGGCCUUUCUGCGGUCACACCACCUCAAGUGCCACUUAACAACACACUCUGGCAAGAAGGAAUACUCUUGCUCUGAAUGUGGAAAGGAGUUUGGCUUUAAGUCAAGUCUUGAUCUCCACCUGAGAACACAUUCCAGUGAGAAACCCUUUCACUGCAAUGUGUGCGGGAAGAACUUUAACACUCGGAGGAACCUGAGGCUUCAUGCCAAACUUCACACUGAUGAGAAAGCUCACCAGUGUGGGGACUGUGGGCUGAAGAUUGGAGAUCUCGGGGCUUUGAAAAUACACCUGCGGACGCACACCGGUGAAAGGCCUUAUCAUUGCACAGUCUGUGGCAACAGGUUCAUUCGCCUCGCACAUCUGCGAAACCACCAGCGCACCCACACGGGUGAGAGACCCUACAAAUGCACUGAAUGCGACAAGAGUUUCACUCAAUCUGGCGACCUGGUGAAGCAUAAGAGGAUACACUCUGGUGAGAAGCCUUUUGAAUGCCCAGACUGCCACCGCCGUUACACCUCCUCCGGUGAUCUAGGCAAACACCGAAGGAGCCACACCAACCUGCGUCCCUACACGUGUCAAGAAUGUGGAAAAAGCUUUCGUUUGUCAGGCCAUUUGAAAACUCACAUGUUAACUCACACGGGGGAGAAGCCGUAUUCCUGCCCCAACUGCCUUCGCAGGUUUGCUCGCUCUCACCACCUUUCAGGUCACGUGGCCAAAUGUCGCUGAGCCUUCUUGAGUGGGUUGUAAAUAAGCUAAGUCCAACUUUAAAGUGGUCAUUACGGGAGCUGUAUACAGUCUAUACUACUAGAUUUAAAAAAAAAAAAAUUGAAAGUCAAAGAUAAAGCUACUCUUACCUUUCUUGCAUUUCACAAAGCACUUUGAAAAAACUUGAACAGCAACAACCCUUCCUCCAUCCUAUGUGCCACCCCCACACUACCUUGCCCCCCGCGAACGCACACUAUAUAUAUAUAGUUUUCUUUUUCCCCGUGGGAGCGGCUGGAGGUGGAAGCUGUGACCCGCUUUUGUCUGUCAUUGUCAGUCGCUACUGUCUGUUUACGGCUAUCUCUGUGGAUCAUGGAUGUAUUAUAAUGCCGCGGAUCCACAAAAGACUCUUUUCCGGGUGGGGAUGCGCGCGAUUACAUAAUGCGGAAGGGGAAAACAGGCAGGCCAAUCGCUUGGCCAAUCAUUGGUCAGAGUUUUCGCAGAAUAUUAUGAGAAUGGAAUAAUGAUUAGUUUCUAUGCUUGGUGGAUCUCUCUGACAUUUUAGAGUGCCAUUACCUUAUUAAUAGCAUUUUAACCUAAACAAAAAAAUGUGUAAAAAUUUAACAAAGGUAAGGGUAGCUUUAAAGUCAAAACUCAUAUUUGUAAAUAAUUAUUUAUAAGAACUGUCUGUAACACUCUAGACUAUGAUGAUUGUUUUAACUUAUUAUGAAAGCUGAUAUGAGAUCAUGACUCACAUUUAUUGUCUUUACAUGGAACUUUAUUGAUGGGUCUUUAUUCUAGGCUAUUAUGAUUUUGGAUCAGGAUAGGUCUAAACUGGUUUUGCAAAACACUAAUUAUAAAGAAGUUAUGAAGAGGAUGUGGUA